AUGGCGGCUGAAGUAAGUCCAUCAUCAACAGGCCUGUUACUCGGCGUCGGCGGCGUUACCUUCUGCAGUUUGCCUCAAGGACCGGUCACAGGCAUCACCAUGGGUAGUUCCCCUAGCCACGGCAGCCAUAGCUCCCACGACAAGAGUUGGGACCACCCUGCGUCUGCCGCGCAAUCCCCUCCAUCAACAGACCACACCGACGCGUUUGCUCGUUCUCCAGCAGCGGAAACUGCAGACGAGCGCGGUUCAGACAUAACACCCACGCGAGGAACCGCGGAGGCAGCGGCGGAAAGCGAGAGUCAGCCCGUAUGUGAGGUUCUGCGGUGGGGUCAGAAAAAGCGGUUGAGGUACGUUCGCAGUCAAAACCCUGCCACUAGCAGCCCUCCUUCCCAUCCUUCCGUGCCAGCUGGCGCUCCUGUGGCGAGCAUUGCAGCGAGCACUGCAGUCCGUGCAGUGUGUAAGGACGAGAAGAAGGGCUCGUGGGAGGAGGAGUGGAGGGAGAGCGGCGAGCGAGCGGGAGAAGAUCCAUGCCGGUUGCGGGUUGCAUGCGGGAGAGGGGCAAAGAAGGGCGGAGAAGCGUGCGAGAUGGAGGGAGCGGAGGGAGCGGAGGGGAGUACAGCAGCGGCAAGCAGAAUGGAGGAAGAAGCGGUCAAGGAAGAGGCUGGCUCGACUGCCGUCGCGGCGAAAUUCAUGGAGUUCUCUUACCCCUGCAAGGUUAAACGUGCUUCUGCACGCACGCACGAACCAAGCUUGCCUGGUCUUUGCUCGAGGGGUGAGAAGGAGGCGCGAGGAAGAGGCUACAGGGAGCAGUGCGAUCAGCAGCAGCAGCGACCGGAUGACGUCCAUGAGGGUGCUAGUGCUCAUCCGCACGCUGAUGCUCAUUCUGAUGAUGAUGCUGAUGCUGAUGAUGAUGUGUCUGGCGGUGACGAGGCGGACGGAUACAAUAUAGAUGCGGGGGAAGGGGCUUUCAGUGAUGACUCGUGUCCCACUCGCAGCCACACCAGGCGAAAGAGGCACCACGGCCAGUCUCACAACGCUCGCGAGCACAAGGGCCGAGACAGAGAGAGAGGCAAGGAGCGGAAGAGGAUCCAGCUCGGGGAGAAAGGCCGCAAGGGCGGGAGCAAGAAAAGCAAUGCUGUAACUGCAGGCGAGGAUCCGUGGGAAGACCAUAGCAGCUGUGGGCUGAUCCAGAGCUACCGGGAACUUUUCAGCACACCACACCCCUCUGUGGCCUCCUUGAUUUUCUCAGGGCAUUGCCCGCUCUCUGCAGCAUCUGCAGCAGCUGCGGCAGCGGCAGCUGCGGCAGCAGCGUUGCCAACAGCAGCUGAAGCAGCCGCUGUGGUUCCCAAGUUUCUCAUCAGCUUGUCGCGCGUUGAAAAGGAGGAAGAUUUUUGGGCCAUACGAGGAGGGAGGCUUCCCCUGAGGCCGAAGAAGCGAGCAAAGGCAGUGGAGAAAGGGGUCCAGCGUCUUCAACCUGGCGCUUGGCUGACUGGAGUGUGUUGCGAGCGGUAUCAAGUGAGAGAGCGGAAAUCUAAAAAGGUGUGUAGCAUGGUUCUCGGUGUGGCUUAG